AUGGCGACGAAAUGUCAAUACCACUUAGGAGAGGAGGCAUUUUCGUUAGCUUCUACAUUCGAGAGUAAGCACGACAGUUUGCUAGCUGCCAAUAACCAUUUUAGCUGUUCUGUAGGUUGGUUCCGCUAUGUGACGUUCCCUGAAAAACAAGCGUGGAUUAUUGGUUACCGAACGGAUUGCGUGAUUUGGGUAAGAAUCGCUCAACUACGCGCUGCAUCAUCUCCAAGAAUGAUUGGUGAAGAAAUUGACCGAUCCUGCGGUGGACAGUACAACGAUGACAUUGAUGAGGACAUGGACCCAUUAGACGAUGGUCAGCAGUGCAAUGAAAAUCUCGCAUUUGAUGCUGUGGCCCGCCAUCACAGUGCAUUGUAG